AUGGCGGGCGCGGGGCCGGGCGGGCGGGACGGGGCCGUGAGGGCCGCGCUGGCCGUGGCCGCGGCGCUGGCGCUCGCCCUGGCCUGGCUGCUGCUGCGGGGCGCGCUGCUGGGCGCGGCGGCCGUGGGCGCGGCGGGCGCCUGGUGCGCCAUGCGGCCCGGCCCGCCCGCGCCGCGCCCGCCCGCCAGAGCCGCCGCCAACGGCGGCCCGGCCGUGAGGACCGCGCCGCGCCGAGCGCAGCCCGGGGCCCCGCGCUGCCCGCCGCAGCCCCCGCGCCGCCGGUACCCGCUGCCGCAGCCCCGCCCGGCCGCGCCGUUCGGCCUGUCCGCCGCCCGCUGGGAGGGCGGCUCGCCCCGCGCCGCGCCCUGGGCACGCCGGGCCGGUCCGCUCCGCAGCCCCGUCACCGUGAAGAUCGCACCGCCCGCCGCCGGCAUCGCCCGCGCCCCGGCUCUGGAGCAGCUGGUCUCACCCCUGGCCUUCCCAGCCACCAGCAGCCCCGACCCGUGUGCCAAGGAGACUGUGCUGAAUGCCAUCAGGGAGAGCAGGAAAAGGGCCGUGGAAGAGGAGGAGGAGGAGGACCAGACCUUUGGGAACGAUCAGGAGAGCAAGAGAAGGCGCCACGACAGCAGUGGAAGUGGGCAAUCGGCGUUUGAGCCACUGGUAGCCAACGGUGCCCCCGCCUCUCUCAUACCCAAGCCAGGCUCUCUGAAGAGGGGCCUUGUCUCUCACUACCCCGACGACUGCUCCAACAAGAGGUCCCGCACGUCCUCCAUGAGCUCCCUCAACAACACGUACUCCGGGGGCAUCCCCAGCUCCAUCCGCAACGCCAUCACCAGCUCCUACAGCUCCAGCCGGGGCCUGGCACAGCUGUGGAAGAGAAGUGGUGUGAGCGUGUCCCCAAUGUCCAGCCCAGCGUCCUCCCGUCCCCAGACCCCAGAGUGGCCUCUGAAGAAAGCCAGGGAAGAGGAGUCACAUCGUUCCAACACUUCCACCCCAGUGAAGUCAGACAAAGAGCUGCAGACAGAGAAGGUGGCGGAGUCGCCGGUGUGGAAGAAGCGGAAUUCCCUGAGCCCGCCGUCGGCGCCGGGGAGCAGCGGGAAGCGCAAGCGGAAGAUCCCGUUGCUGUCGUCACUCCGUGGGGACCAGCUAGUGCUGCCCCCGCCACCUCAGCUGGGCUACUCCAUCACCUCGGAGGACCUGGAUGCGGAGAAGAAGGCAGUGCUGCAGUGGUUCAACAGUGUCUUGGAGGAUAAAGCUGAUACAGUCCCCAGCACCACUGCAGAGACGACGCCCGUGUCCAAGCCGCUGACAUUCACUGUGACCUCAUCAGGGCCUGCACCUGCCUCCACAGCUUCUGCCCUGGCCAGCUCCUCACUCCUGGACAGCCUGAAGAAGAUGCAGGGCAGCCAGGCUGCACCCACAGCACCAGACACCACUGGAGCUGCAGCAGCAUCCCAGCCACCUCCAUCAGCUGCACAGCCACCCGCCCCUGCGGUGUCACUGGAGUCGAGCUCUGUGCCUGACACCUCUGCUGACACCAAGCCUGUGCCCGUGCUGAGCACACCUGCCCCUGCUGCCCCCCCUGCCCUGGGGGUGCAGCCCCCAAGCAGCCUGGCACCUGCUGCAUUCACUGAGCUGGGCCAGACCCACAGCAAACCUCCCUCUCUCCCAAAGCCAAGCAUUGUGUUUGGAAUGCUGAACACCCCUCCUGCCAGCCAGCCAGCAGUGACUGUGGCCACUGCUGUGCCCAGCACAGCCACUGCCACGCCUAUUACAGCCACUGCUGUGCCCACCCCAACCACUGCUGUGCCCACUGCAGCCACUGCUGUGCCCAACACUGCCACUGCCGUGCCCACCCCCAUGUUCAAACCCAUCUUCGGUGCUGUACCGAAGAGCGAGAGCACAACAGCCUGCUCGGCUGUCACCUCCACCACGGCCACCGUGUCUGCGAGCUCAGGCCCUUCCUCAAUGUCCUCCACCACCACCAUGUUCAAGCCCAUCUUCGGCAGCGUCACCGCAGCUUCGUCCCCAGCGAAAGUCUCUCCUUUCGCCUUCAAACCGACGGCACAACCGGCCCCAGAGCGACCCGGAGCCUCCUCACCUACACCGGUGUUUGCAGGCCUUCCAAACAUCAUCUUCACCACUGCAGCUACGACAGCCACCACCCAGAGCUCAUCCACGGAUGCUGCCACUAAACCCGUCUUCAGCUUCGGACUGACCCCACCUGCCUCCACAGGCCCAGCCACUGGCCCGGCUGUCACCGUCACCGCUACCACCUCCACCGGUGCAGCACAGCCCUUCCUGUUCGGGGCCCCAGCCAGCUCCACUCCCAGCACAGAAACCAGCUUUGCCACCCCAGGGCCCAUGUUCCAGUUCGGGAAGCCACCUCCGGCCAUGGUCACUGCCACCACCACUGCCCCAGCAGGCCCUGCCUUUGGCCAGGCACCUUCAAGCUCCACGGCCGUUGCCGCCACCACUGCGGGCUUUAGCAUAUUUGGGGGCACCACGCUGACCUCCUCUGCCCCAGCCACCACAGCUCAAGCGCCUCUGACAUUCGGCUCCUCCGUUUCAGCUUUUGGCAGCUCCUUCGGCACCGGUGCAAAGGCACCACCGCCAUACCCUGGCGCCGGGAGCGCCUUCAGCGCCGGGGCUGCCGACAGCCAGGCGUCCGCCAGCAAACCCACUGCUGGCCCCGUCAGCUUCACCCCCACGUUCAGCUUCGGAGCCCCUCCAGCACAGUUGGCGGCUCAGCCGGCAUUCGGCAGCGGUGUCCAGACGGCUUUUGGCACGACCAGCGCCCAGGGCUCAUUCGGCACCAGCAGCACCCAGUCGGCUUUCGGCACCACCACCUCGGUGUUCUCCUUCGGAACAGCCACCUCCACCACGUCCGGCUUCGGUGCCACCACCCAGACCACGAGCAGCAGUGCCAGCGGCGCCGUCUUUGGCACCACCCCGUCCCCGUUCACCUUCAUGGCCACCACCCAGCCGGGACCCUCGGCCGGCGCCUUCGGGAUGAGCACGCCGGGCCUCAGCAGCGGCUCCCCGGCCGUGACCUUCAACUUCGGGGCUGGGCAGAGUGGGGCAGCCCCGGCGGCAGCGCCCUUUGGCUCCUCCCUGCAGCAGAGCACGCUGGGGGCACCAGGCCAGAGCACCCCCUUCGCCUUCACCAUGACCAGCACCCCCAACAGCAAACCCGCCUUCGGAGGAGCUCCUGCGCCCACCUUUGGGCAGAGCACGCCCGUCCCAGGAGCUGUGGGCAGUGGGAGCAGCACCCUUUCCUUCAGGACACCCAGCACUCCUGCCUCGGGCUUUGGAGGAGUCGGCUCAUCCAUUGGUUCGUCCACCCCCAUCUUCUCCAUCGGGGCAGGAUCCAAGACGGGCGCUCGCCAGCGGCUGCAGGCACGGAGGCAGCACACCCGCAAAAAGUGACCCCGGUGCUGCUGGGCCCCUCUGGCCCACGUGUGGGGAGCUCCAGGCUGGAGCUGUCCCCGUGGUGGGACCAGGCCCCGUCCCUGCCACCCACUGGAACCCAUGCCGGGUGGCUGGGAUGGGAUAAACCAAACUCUUGUUACUUGAACAGUUCAGAGCCAAGGCUGGACGACCCUCUGUACAUAUCCGCAACGUCCCUUCCCUCACUUUAUUUUGCCAUGUUUAAUGAUGUGUAAAUUUUUCCCCAUUUGCUACUUCCAGCUUUUCCUGUGCCCCACCCCCAGCCCUCGGCCAGCCUUGGGGCUGUGUCCUGCUCGGAGCCCCACUGUGGCCAUGCUGCAGUUCCAGGCUGCCCAGGGACCCCAUCUUCACCAGGUCCCCAAGUCUUUCCCAUUGCUCAUCCUGUGGCCUGGUGAACAUGCUCCCAUCCCUGCUGCUGGGGUUGGUGCCAGCCUGGUGCUCCCCGGUGCCGUGGAUGACCAGCAUGGCUUCAGCUGGGUGACCUCAUCUGCCACCUCCAGCCGAGGACACGCCGUACCCCCAAGGCCCGUGCUGGAGGCACGGGGUGAGGAUGGGGAUCCCCCCGCCCCUCUCCCCUCCCCGCUGCUCCGUGGGGCUGUGGGCUGCCCCCACCCCGCUCCCCCUGGUCUGCUUUGUCCGUGCUCCCGUUGUGCGCUCACUGAAUCGAGUUUGGAGGAAGAGCUGAACCGUGUGUGUGGCGGCAUGUUGGUUAUGCCGGAUUUGCUGUUUGGAGUUUCUUUUUUGGGGGGCGCCGGUCCCUGGGGGGGGGGACGUGCCCCGGCUAAUUGGGUGUUGACAGUAGCAUCACUGCGUGGCUGCUCGUGCUGGGGAGUUGUCCCUUCCAUGUCGUGACUGAAAGGCAGCUGGGCCGGGGGUGGGUUCCAACCCUGGCAGUCUCUUCCCUCCCUUCCCCUCUCUCCUGGUGCCCCCUCCCCACCUUGGGGUGGGAGGGCUCUGGAGCUGCUCCCAGGAUUCCAGAGCAGAUGGGUUCUCCUCACCCCUCCCAAGUCCAAAGUGGUUUUUAUUUUUAGCUCGUCCCCCUCCCUUUGGGUUUUACCAGCUCUGAGGAGCUGCAGUGCUGCCUCCACUGUCUCCAUCCAGCCAGGAGUGGGGAUUCCACCCUUCCCUGCCUGGGAGCUUCAUGGGAAGAGACUGCUGGAGCUGGGGGUCACCUAAGAGCCACCCUCUGCCUUGCCCAGGGCAAGGGAUGGGCACCCCAUUCCCAGGAGUGCUCUGCUGCCAGAUUUUUACUCUCCGAGCCGUGUGAGUGUGUGUGUCUGCUGAGGUCUAAAUUAAAAAAAAAAAAAAAAAGCAAGAAAAAAAAGACAAAAAAAAAUUACAAAUAUUUAAACGUUUUUUAACAAAAUAAAAAUUUAUUUUUAUAUUUAAGCUAAAUUGCCUUCAAAUUCCUUCAAGCUUGGUUCAGUGAGGUUGCCAGCUGUUAGUGUGUAGCUGUUCCCCACCCUGGCUGUGCCCACUGGGAUGUGCUGUGCUGGGAAAGGCAGCUGCAUCCCAUGGGCUCUGCCGUGCUCCCCCUGCUGUACAUCAUCCCCUUCCUUUUAAAUGUGAUGUAUGUGGAUGUGACUAAACCUUUUUUUUUUUUCUUUUUUUUUAAUUAUUUCUCUGAGGGUGAGGAGCAGGAGCUCUCACGUUACAGUGCUGAGUGCCAGGGUCAAGGUGUCUCUCCCGGCAGGAAGGGCAGGUGACGGGCUCUGUGUGGCACAGAGAGGACACAAAGGACCUGCAGGUGCUGGUGGGGGUGGUUCUGGCCAUCCCCCACCAGCACAGCUGAGGGUGCAGUGGGCUGAGAAAACAUAUCCUUGGGGUUUGAGGAAGCGACUGGGACAGGAUCAGUACCCACCAAGACUGACCCUGGGCAUCCCUCCCUCUGCCCCAGGCAGGGUGGUGGGCCAGGAGAGCGCCCACCCUCCCCAUCCUCAGAGGUGCCAGGGUUUGGCCAGGUCCACUCCAGCAAGACCUAUGUGCCAGAGAGAGGUGGGAAUGAGCAGGGACAAGGUGAGGGCACCCUGUAGUCCCACACCCCCAGCCCUGUGAGGUGCCAGGCUGUCCCUUCUCCACCACACAGCCCCUGCCGGGAGAGCCCCCAGUGCCUGGGGAAGGCUGGGUUUUAAACUGACUGAAGACUUGGAUCAUUCCUGGUGUGGCUGAUGAGGAUUUUAGUGUGAAUGUGCAAUUUUUGUUUCCUUGCUUCUUCUGUCCCUGGUUUAAAAUAAAACAACUGUGUUCA